AGCUACACGGGACCAGACAGCUGAACAGUGGUGGAAUCAGCAUUGCAGUGACGGCCAGCCAGACUUGUACAAACGGAGACGAAAACCAUCCCUUCCGCUCUCUUCCUCUGUCUCUUCGUUUCAAAGCAAUCCUGGCUCUCGUUCCCCCUUCAGAGAAAGUGUUCUUGGCUGCCGAGCAAGAGUCAGUGGGCAGGAAGCCACAGUGGAGGGGCUAAACUCCGAGGAAGGGAUGAGUAAAGUGUCUGCAGGCUGAGAGCAGCACUAGGCGGACGGAGCCGUGACACCAGGCAUCGCAGAGCAGCGAGGAGGAAGCCUCACACAUGUGACUACACGAGAGGCGCCGCUGCGAUCCAGUCCCCGUCACACCGACUCCGUCAGCUUGUUCCCAUUCUCCUGGCCCUUUGUGCUGUGCAUCGCUGUGACCCAGCGCUAUGCAUCCUGGACCGUGGCGUACGCUGCUUUGUGUCUCUCUUCUCAUGGUUUCCGCACGUGGUGAUUCAGAUGGGACACCUCGCUUUCUGGCAGAGCCUAUUUCAACUAUCCAGAAUCCUGGAAGCCGGGUAACACUGUUAUGUUCUGCUGAACCAUCGUCGUCCCGUAUUUCUUGGAUGUUUAAUGGAGAAGUGUUGGAGAGAAGACAGAAUGACGAUAUUGAGGUUCUGCCCGGGCACCUGAACAUCCUGUCUCUCAGUGUGCAUCAUGUUGGACGUUAUCAGUGCAUGAUAAAUACCAGCAGGGGCUCUAUUCUCAGCACGCCUGCAAACGUGUCUAUGGCGUAUCUUGGCCACUUUGAAUCCUCCUCCAAGCUGACGGUUAUGGCUGAGGAAGGCAGCAGUGUGAUCAUAACGUGCCGUGUUCCGCACAGUUUGCCCCAGGCUAAGCGCCAUUACAGAGUGAGAGGCAAAUGGCUGGAAAAGUCCACAGAGAAGUACCUGAUCCUCCCCUCCGGAAAUCUAAAGAUUCUAAAUGUGUCCGCUGAAGACCAAGGACAAUAUCGCUGUGCCGCGUACAAUCCAGUCACUCAUGAGCGGAAAAUAAGCCCGUCUGUCUACAAGCUGUCUAUCGGGCGUCCAUCCUACUAUGACGCCAAUGUAGUGCAGCCCACUGUCACACAAAGACUGUCUGUAAAUCUGCAUGCGCCGCUGACCCUGGAAUGUACAAUCGGGGGGAUAGCGAAUCCCAGUGUCCUCUGGUAUAAAGACGGGCGAGACGCCAUGGCGGACGGCAGGAGGCGGUUGCUGUACACUCACCUGGUCAUCGAGGAUGUACAAAGACUUGACGCCGGCAACUACGCCUGUCUGCUGGGGAACGUAUCUCAGGAAGUGACUCGCGUCGGCUAUACAGUGACUGUUCUAGAAGCUCCGUAUAUUUCCCAGGCCCCUGUGGACCAGUCGGCGCUGGUGGGCAGUGAUGUCACUUUUGUCUGUGAGGCCCAGGGCAGCCCCCCUCCUAACGUCACUUGGCUGCACAAUGCAGAACUGCUCUACUUCUCACCUCAGCUCCACCCGCUGGGAAACAAGCUGCACAUCACCCGCGUGACGGCAGAGGACGGUGGGAUGUAUCAGUGCAUGGCGGAUAACGGUGUGGGAGUGGUACAGGCCGCUGCGAGACUCCGAGUACAUUCCGGUGCUGGUCCUGAUAUUGUGUCGCCCCCUGCAAGUGUGAGCGUGGUACAUGGAGAUCUGGUGACGCUAACCUGUAAAGCCGACGGCAACCCCGCACCCUUCAUCCGCUGGUACGACGCCAAUGGAGCAAUCAACAGCCACCCUACCCAGAUACUGCGCACAAAAUCCCGCAAAGCGUCGCAGUCCAGGACGGCAGCCAGUUCCGGCCAGGAUCCAGUGCCUGUGGUGGUGUCUCAGGCUGGCUAUAGCUCCUUGUACAUUCCGGCCGUCACAGCGCAGCAUGCUGGGAAAUACGUCUGCGAGGCAUCCAACGAAUAUGGCGUAGUGCGUGCCGAAGCCACCAUGACAGUGGUUCCCUAUGAGAUGAGCACAGUACGUGCGGAUAACACCCCAUCAGUCACGGUGCCGAGUAAUGAAGACCCCACACGACCUGGAACCCACCCCACAGACAAACCCUUCAACGGGGCCAUGCUGCCGGAUGCACCGAUCAUUCUCAGCCCCCCGCAGACCACCAAGCCAGAUAUCUAUUUCCUGGUGUGGCGAUCGGGGAGGGAUGGAGGCUUGCCCAUAAACGCGUACUUUGUGCGUUAUCGGAAGUUGGAUGAUGACGGGAACGUGGCGGGAACCUGGAGUUCCAUCCGUGUGCCAGCCAGCGAGAACGAGUUUCCCCUGACUGAAUUGGAGCCUUCCAGUCUGUAUGAAGUUCUGAUGGUGGCGCGGAACGCGGCGGGCGAGGGGCAGCCGGCCAUGCUGACAUUCAGAACCAGCAAAGAGAGGAGUUCGUCUUCCAGGAACACACAGGCCCCCUCCCCUCCGGCUGGUGCCCCCAAGCAAACACUUCUGAACGAGGGUUUCAAUGGCAACUUUGGGCUGCUGCCUCAGGACUCUUUCCGACACAGCGGAGUCCCUGAAGCCCCUGACCGCCCAACCAUUUCCACUGCUUCAGAGACAUCUGUGUAUGUUACCUGGAUCCCAAGAGCAAAUGGCGGCUCCCCAAUAACCUCUUUUAAGGUUGAAUUCAAACGACCUGGAACACACUGGACCACGGUGGCAGAGAACAUACCACCAUCCAAACUGUCUGUGGAGGUCUCCAAACUAGAGCCAGGAAUGAUGUACAAGUUCCGAGUCAUCGCCAUCAACACUUACGGGGAGAGUCAGCGCAGUACAGUAUCGCGCCCUUAUCAGGUCGCUGCAUAUAGCAGCCGUUUGCCCAAUGCCCUGAUUGUUGGUCCCCGCAUCGACCACACGGAGGCAGUGACAGACACACAGAUCCUGCUGAAGUGGACGUACACGCCCUCCAACAACAACAACACCCCCAUCCAAGGCUUCUACGUCUACUACCGCCCCACUGACAGCGACAACGACAGUGACUACAAGAGGGAUGUGCUGGAAGACGGGACAAAACAGCACCACCUCAUCAGCCACCUGCAGCCCGAGACGUCUUACGACAUCAAGAUGCAGUGUUUCAAUGAGCGCGGAGCCAGUGACUACAGCAACGUCAUGAUGUGCGAGACCAAAGCAAGGAGAAGUCCCGGAGCCUCGGAGUACCCGGUGUUGGAGCUGGGUACGCCAUCGACCGUUGAUCGCGGUGGAGGAGGGAGUUCCAGCUCAUCCAGUGCGGUGGCCCGCAGCGGAGACAUGCUCUACGUUAUCGUUGGCUGCGUGUUAAGCGGGAUGGUCCUUAUCCUGAUGACGUUCAUUGCUAUAUGUCUUCUGAAACAUCGUCAGCAGAGCCUCAUGAACAAGUUUGAGCCCCCUGGUUACCUCUAUCAAGGAUCAGAUGUGAACGGGCAGAUGAUCGAGUAUACAACGUUACCAGGAACAAGCCGCAUUAAUGGCAACAUCCACGGCGGCUUCAUGGGGAACGGGAACAUUGCGAAUGGUUAUCCUCACAUACAUCACAAUGGAGUAAAUGGAGACCUGUAUCCCGGCUGCCCCAGUGCCCUAAAGGAAACCUGCACAGACUAUGAGCACUCGCCGCACAGCGUUUCCAAUGGGGGGGUGUUGUAUACGUCUGUCCCCCAGACGGAGCCGACGGAGUGCAGGAACUGCAGAAACUGCUGCAACAACAACAGGUGUUUCAGCAAACUGAAUGGCUCCUAUGGCAGCAAUGAUAUUGCCAGGGUGCCGUAUGAACAGGACGAGCAGGAAAUGAAACCUCUGAACCCUGCCUCGGUGCCCGGCUGCUUGUACCCGCCUGAACCUGAGGGAGCACAACAGCCAGAAGUGGAAAUCAAAGAAAACGAAUUAGAGACGCCGCCACAUUCCUCGUCUGAUGAUGAGACAGAAGAGAGAGAGAGCGUCUCGUGAAGGUGACCGUUGCUCGGGUGUAACAGAAGAUGGCACCACGCUGCCCGAAUUCCCUGUUGUCCUGCCAGUGUCUCCAAGAACUUUGAUGAGAACAAAACCUGGGACAUUGGACAAUUCAGCCAUUAACCUUCGUCACCAGCUGCUGACACCAGAGGUCUCAAUGAGACAUGGACUGUGUACGUCCCUGUAUCCACGUGUGACCACAGAUGAGAAGACCCGCCAUCCCCUGCUAUUUUGGAAUCUGAAUUGUUGUCACCUCUUGGUUUAUAAAACAUGGAUGUGAUAGCAAUGCGUGAAGACACGGUACAGCCUACCACCAUUCACAAAGAGGAGCCGUAGCAGACAGCGACAGAGACGGCCAUUCUGUUGCCUAUGAUUUCACUAGGAAUUUGUGACAUCGCAGAGCCAUGAGGUACAAUAUACCUCACUACUCAGUGAUAGGCUGCAGAUGCGUAAAACGGUUGCCUCGGGAGACCAAUCCAACAGCUGUAGAAACGGUACGGCCAAGUCUAAAAAUUUACCUUCAAAGUUACGUUCUUUUUUAAUUUUCAGAUUUGCUUUCUAUAUAUUUAUUUUAAAAAAUGGAAAAAACUGGGAUAUUUUCAGUUGCUACCUAUGGGCAAAUCGCCUUGUCCAGUAUCUGCUCAGACUGAAUGCGUAUGGACUAGGAGAGCCGACGCCGUCGCUACAAUGUGUUUCAUUCUCUGUUUCCCAAACAAAGUAGAAAGAUAACGCCACUCGUCGGAGAUCGCAGAAUGUCAGCCUUAUGCUAAAUCGUACGAUUUACUGGGAUCACUUCUGAUGCUUGAAACAAGACUUUUGCCUGAAAUUGGCUGCUGUAGUCUCAGAAACACUGCUGCACCAACUGAACAGAGCCGUAGCCAUGGAAUUCUGUUAUUUGCGGUACGCUCAUCAGAAACUGGAGGAACAGAGUAUUUCUCAUAGUACAUGGGGUGAUUCCAGGCAGAAGUCCUAGUUCGGGUAUCCAGUAUAAUACCUUUAUCCGGCAAUCCCUUUUUUAUUAUUAUAUAUGAGUGGAGUUACCCUUCAAAUAACAUCACGUUUAAUGAACAUAUUGCCAGCAAGCCAACUAUAUGUCAGGCGGUCGGUCGCCUUCAUGUGGAUCGUGUAAUGAGUUGUUGGAAAUGACACUUGGUGUGAACGUGAAACGCUAACCGUGCGCUCGGCUCCUGGCAGUGUUCGGAAACAAGUGUAUGAACAUAUCUUACUACCGCUAGGUCUAACCGGUUUAUUACUAGAAACGUAGGAGCGACAACGUUGAGGCACCUUCAUUUGUCCCUCUGACCGUGUGAUACACUGAGAUCAGUGUCCUCACGUCUCAAUGGAUCUGUUGUAACGGACCGCGUCACCGCCAAAUGGCACGGGAUAACGCUUAUUAGUAAAUGGUAGAGGAAAGCACUUUAGUCCUUACUCUGCCUUUGUUAUAUAUGAUUAAGUUAUAAAAAUAUAUAUAUUUAAUAUUACUUAUGCACUAACUGUUGUAUAAUCAGUAACGACCUACUUCUGUACAGAUCCGUUGUGUGUAUACUAUACGCUAGGUGUGUGCGUCGGUCUAGCGCAGGCUGCUGCGGCGGCCGUAACUCUAUCUCCGCUUGCUGGAUUAUAUUUAUAGUGCUGCGACUGCAGAGGUCUAGCAGAAUUUGGCUACAGCUGAACAUCCUAAUAAGGAGUGAUCCCUCUGAUGCAGCAUUGCAGCUGCAUGCUGUAACGUCCAGCUUACUGCUGUGUGGAAUAUAUCACAUAUCUGUAUAACAUCUGCUUCUAACAGGGGCCACCUCCGCUGCACAGUGGCAGCUGACGUCAUGUACCCUAGUUUCAUGCAUAAAUUUACUGCAUAAGGCACUUUGGGGGAUGUUUUAGUAAUUAAGACCACAGCACUUCUACCAGGUACUUCGUGUCCUUGCAUCUCACUUUCAUAAUAAAGCAAAACUAAAGGAUGAAAGACAUUUUUCACAUUGUAAAUCAAGCCGUCCCAACAUUUUCUGGCAUCCCUCUUGUGCAGCAGCAUUAUGACGCCAGUACACAUUAGCAGCACACUACGGAUACAGGGCAGAACCAUCAUUCCUCACACAAAUAUUCCAUGAUAACUAAUUACACAAGACGCACCUACUGUCCUUCCCACUUCUGCAAUACCCCGAGAUGUGUUACAUUGGAUGUGUAUACAGGGCACUUGUAGUUUUCCAUGUUUGCAAUGGGGUAAUUGUCUGCAAUGUGCUCAAUAUAUAUAUAUAUAUAUAUAUAUAUAUAUAUAUAUAGAGAGAGAGAGAGAGAGAGAGAGAGAGAGAGAGAGAUUUUUGCACAUCUCAUUCUAGUGCUUUUAGUAAAGACUGUGUCGAUUAGUUCCCUCGGAAAAGGCUCCUCUAAGCCGGGAGAGAAACCUCCUGUGUGUUUCCAGUGUAAUAAUUUUAUUAUCUUGUAAAAAUGUUUUCUCCUGGCCGUGAUACAGUGUUUAUAUAUAAUCAUAUGAAAAUCCCGUUUAUCUCUAUCUUCACCACUGCAGCUGACGUCUAGCUGCUGUUCUGUAAGGACGCUGUUUUAAGUGUCUUGUAUUAUUGUAGUAUUAUUUAUGUGAGUAACACGGUAGCCUGGCUGGCUCGCCAAUUGGUUUAUUUUUUUUUAAUGGGGCAGCAGCUAGAUGUAUAGGCUGUAGUCCACAAAUAACUAUUUGGUUACAAUGAGACUUGUAUAUUGCUGUAGUAUAUUCAUUUAUCGUAUUAAAUGCAGGCAAAGACCAAUGAUGUGAUGUAACCCAUAGCAACCAUUUAGCUUGUAGCUUGCUUCAAGCUGGUGUGAUCAGUCCAAUGAAAGCUAAUUUCUCAUUGGUUGCUGUGAAUCAUAGCGCAUGUUUUCUAUGCGCCUAAUAGGCCUGAUUAUAUAAUGUUAUAAUGGGGCAGAAGAGCAGAAUAUAAUUUUCAUUAGUUGUGAAUGUUUUUAAAUGGCAAAUAUGACACUAUUGUAUUACUGAAAAUAUAACUGGAAUAGUUUCAUAAAUAUCCCCCAUUGCUGUAACUAUUAAGACGAGAAAGUGGUGAUACGCGACGUGACUUGUUUCUGUAUUUAUUAAAACGUGUUCUAAUGAA